AUGUGGACUUUCCUGGGAGUAGCGAGCUUCACGUACCUUUACAAAAAAUCCAGCACAGUCUUGACUUUGGCUCACAAAGAGUUUGUGGUGGCUGCAGCCUUAUUGCUUACAGUCGUGCUGCUGCUCUCCUAUAUCAGGUAUUUUCAUGGCCAGAAGCUCAGACUCUCUCAGAUAUUUCAUUUGCCUCUGCGCCUCUUGUCUUCUUUACCUGUUGUCAACCACUUAAUCCCCCAAAGUUUAACACGGAGGAGCGAGAAUGCAGAGAACAACUUUAAAAAGAGCCGGAGAACAAGAAAAAGAGUGGAUAUAGAUUCCUCCGCCUCACAGGGUGGCUCAACCAGUUGCUCCUUGGUAGGCCCGGAGCCAGAUGUGGUGAUAGUUGGGGCCGGGGUCCUGGGCUCAGCUAUGGCGGCCGUCCUAGCCCGGGACGGGAGGAGGGUGACGGUGGUGGAGAGGGACCUGAAGGAGCCUGACAGGAUAGUGGGGGAGCUGCUGCAGCCUGGAGGAUACAGGGCACUCAAAGAGCUGGGACUGGAAGGUUCAGUGGAGGGUUUGGAUGCCCAUCUGGUGAACGGCUAUGUGAUCCAUGACAUAGAGAGCAACACAGAGGUGGAGCUCACCUACCCUCAGGCGGAGGAAAGCAUCCAGUGUGGACGCGCUUUCCAUCACGGCCGAUUCAUCAUGGGCCUGAGGAGAGCCGCCCUGUCCGAGCCAAACGUCACAUUCAUAGAAGGCACAGUGACCAGUUUGCAGGAAGAGGACGGCUGUGUAACUGGACUCCAGUACAAGGAUAAAGAAACUGGAGACGUCAAGGAAAUCCAUGCAGCGCUGACCGUGGUGGCUGAUGGCUGUUUCUCCAAAUUCAGAAAGAGUCUGGUCUCUGGGAAAGCUCACAUCUCCUCUCACUUUGUUGGAUGCCUUAUGAAGGACUGUCCCCAGUUUAAAGCCAACCAUGCAGAGCUGGUGCUGGCCAACCCGAGCCCGGUGCUCAUCUACCAGGUCUCCUCCUCACACACCAGAGUACUCGUGGACAUCAGGGGGGAGAUGCCUCGCAACCUCUCAGAGUACAUGGCUGAGAAGAUAUACCCACAGCUGCCAGAGCAUUUAAAGGAGCCUUUCAUGGUGGCGCUGCAGAACGAUCGACUCAGGUCCAUGCCAGCCAGCUUCCUCCCUCCCUCCCCUGUCAACAAGCCAGGCGUCCUUCUCCUGGGCGACGCUUACAACAUGAGGCAUCCUCUGACAGGAGGAGGGAUGAGUGUUGCUCUCAACGACGUUCGCAUCUGGAGGAGUCUGCUCAAGAACAUCCCGGAGCUGUAUGACAACAGGGCUAUGCUGCAGGCAAAGAAAAAAUUCCACUGGGAACGCAAGUCAUCACAUUCUUUCGUGGUGAAUGUGUUGGCCCAGGCCCUGUAUGAGCUGUUUGCAGCCACCGACAAUUCUCUUCAUGAGCUGAGAAAAGCCUGCUUCCAGUACUUCAAGCUUGGUGGAGAGUGCGUUGCUGGGCCUAUUGGACUCCUCUCAGUGUUGUCACCCAAACCCAUGACCCUUAUUGGACACUUCUUUGCCGUGGCCUUGUACGCAAUGUACUUCAACUUCAAGUCUGAGUCAUGGAGCACCAAACCUCGAGCUUUUUUCAAGAGUGGAGCCAUCCUGUACAGAGCCUGCACAGUCAUGUUUCCACUCAUCUACUCUGAACUUAAGUACCUGGUGUACUGAGGAACAUGACAACUGGACACAGAAAGCUUAAUUGGAAGCAAAACAAAACUUGGCAAAAAGUUGGUAUGUGUCGGCGUUCCUGCUGAAAAUCUUAAACCAUGAUUUUACUACUGAGGAUUUUCUACAAUAUGCCCCUGCCUUACUGGAGAUGCCACUGCCUUAAUGUCCUACUUAAUGCCUUCUUUCAAUUUGGACAUUUUGGAUGCCUUAGUGUAGAUCGGUUUGUGCGCACCCACGCAGUCUGUCCUAUAUGCUAAGGGAUUGCAACAUACAGUAUUUUAAGCACACACCCUGAAUUACACUCAAUACUGAACAUUAUGGAAUUAUUCCUGCCAAACAGAACUGCUAUGUGGAACAUGGCGUCUGCAUUUUAUAAUAAUAAUUUUGCUGUAUAUUUUCUUGUUGAGCUCAUUUGGGCUGUAUUUAAUAAGGGAAUCAUCAUGUAAUGACGAUGUAUUUUAUUUCACUGCAAACUGUGAAAAUGAUUGUCUCAUGUUGUUGAGGAAAAGGUACUUUCUUUUCAACAUACCUUCUGUCCUGUAAUGAUCAUUUCCUGCCUUCUUGUUAUUGUUGCUCUUUAUAUAUUGUCACAAGGGACUUUUUGUAACACAUAUUGGUUCCUACAGCUAGUCUGAAACAUGCUGACAGUGGCAGAUGACAAAACUAUAAUCCCAGGACCAAAGAAAGAGUGAAACUUGCACUAUUUCAGUCCUGCUGGACGUCAGGAAAGAGCUGACACAGCAUGUCGCCUGGGGAAAGUUUGGGUUGCCUGAGAUAGAAGGAACAAUGCUCAUAUUGGGACUAAGUCAGUGGAUGAUGCUCAGGUGUUGUUUGUCUUGAGCUGACACACACAAGGAACUCCUGACAUGUAAUUCACCACAGCUUCCUGCACUGUUGGGUUUACAUGUGUCUGCUGUGGGCUCGAUGGGCCGUUGAAUAAAUCAUACAUGACAGA